AUGCCCUCUUGCGGAGGGCUGUGCUGUCGCAGGCUUUCCUGCUCUUCACGAAGUCGGAUUCUGUCCUUCCUGCCUUGGCGAGGCCUGCAGCCGGCCGACGAGACUGCAUGUCUGGCCGUUUCAAUUGGUAAUUGCAUCUCGCCUUUCGGGAACGUUGUUAUGGGUGAAUGUGUACUCUCUGGUGGCGUCACUGUUUACUCUGUGGCUCCCGGAAUCAUGAGAUGGACUGUUUGGUCGAAUAAGCCCAAUGCAUGCUUUCUCUUCCGCGUCUUAGCCACCCUCCUCCUCGCCUACACCAGCCACGGCUACAUGCUGCAUGUGCGUGUCUGCGUGUCUGUACCUGCUGCGUCUGCGCACGUGCUGCCGGUUGCGGCACAUGCGUCAAUUGUGAGCUCAGUUGCUGUGGUGCCAGUGCCGCCCUUUGACGCCGGGCCAUCUGACGACGGCGUCGCUGGUGCAUGA